GACGAACCAGCUAGGAAAAAGCAAUGUGUUCUAGCGGCUUUUGGUGGCCUCUCCAAAGAACACACCCAGACAUCCGGCACAUUCUUGCAGCCACAUGAAAGCAAAGUCACCUCCAUGCUAGUGACAGCCUCUUCCGAGUUGUUGGAGGAAUCAUCCGUCUCGAACAGCACGAAACCAUCGAAUGUAGUGAAGCAAAAAAAGGAAUGCGGCUUAGGUGCAGGCCUUUCUGGAGGACCUGUGUCGCCGGGCGAGGAAGUGCUUGGCUCGGUGACAACGUUCUACCCUGCCGGGCACCCGGACAACGGGCACACGCUGCGAACCAGUGCUCGGGUGAAACACAAAAUGCGCAUGGAAACGAUCCACAACAAUCCGCUACCAACGGAGCGCAAGGAACAGCCCAAGGCAAGCGGUGGAGUACUGCCGAAAACUAUCACACCCCAGAAGCAGAUGCGCGCCGUGUGGAGCAACCAUGACAAGAACUUGUUCUUCGAGGCGCUUAACGAGUACGGGAAAGAUUUCGAGUCCAUAUUAAACUACCUGAACACCAAGAAGCGCCGCAAAGACAACGCCUGCGAGCAGCAGGUCUUCAAGACGAAGGAUGUGCGCAACCUAUACUAUCAGUUCAAUCAGAAAAUCUCCAAGUACCUGCACUUUUCCGACGAAGUGAAAAAGGAGGCGCAAGAGCUAUAUGCACUCAUAAACUAUGGCGAGAUGCGGAAAAAGGUGCCGUUUCAGAACAAGAAGUAUUUCCAGAAGCUAAAAGAUCUCGUUUAUAAGGGCUUCACCAUGGUACGCGAGAAGGGUAAAACAAUUCGCAUCAAAACGCCCUCUUGUCGGGCGCUGCGUAAGCUCAACCAGCUAGAAGAAUGGCAGGAGGAGAUCAAGUUGCCACCGCGCGUAGACGUGCUUCUGCAGCCGGCAAACAUGGAGGCCUGGGGGCGGGUGCAGUCGUUGGCCCAGAAUCCGCGCGUACGGAUUACAGUCACCAUCCAAAAGCGUGUAUCGGCGCUGCUGCAGCUGUUUCAGCAGAAGUGGCGGCCGCAGGAGCUACGGCUGGUCGAGCGUGUCGAGAAAAUGAAAAUAGUGUCCUCAACGGUAACUUCCAAGCUGAUGCGCCACCGUAUGCAGAACGAGAUUCAAUUGUGUUCGCAGCUGCUGCCAUCGGCGACUUCAUCACCGCCAUCAGUCAGCUGUACCGAGCCAAGGGGGCCAGUACUAAACCUGCAGCUCCACUUUGUGCCCUCCCACUCAGCCGUCAUCCACAGACCGAUGAUUAGUUUGGCGGAGUUUCAGAGCAACACGAGUAUAUGUCUCAACUCGUACGAGCAGCGGAUCGGAGUGAAGGUGCGUGGAGAAACACUCGUCCCGUCAGAAAAAGUCGUGGGUGCCGCAUGCAAGAAACCGAAGCUAUGCUUGGAUAGCGGGCACGAUUCGACGAAGGACGAAAAACAUACUGGGAGCGAGCAGCUGUCGAAGCUUAUCAUGAACGACCUGCUGAAGUCGCCAAACGCGUCGAACGAAUCGAUUGAACUAAAGGAGAUGGAACUCUUCGAAAUAGAACUAUUAAAUGGGCAUAGUGCUAGAAGCACGGACGAUUGCGAUGGGCCGCCAGCAACAAACUUUGCGUAUGCCACAAAUAUGCCGGCCCUAUCGGGGGCAUGCGGAUCCGAUCCUGCUGCUGCCAGGAUGAGUGACAAUUCCAACGACGAGUUUGUGCUAGCCGAGAGCGACACAUUGAAGUACGACAUAGAAAUGCAGGCGGAGCACACGAUCGUCGGUGACGAGGAGCCCUGCAAAGAGGACCACGUGCUGACCGUCUCUAGCAGCACCGUUACGACUUGUGUUACAACUGUAAUCUCUACAUCAAGCACAUCCGCGGUGCGGAAAAAGUGCCCCCGGCGAAAGGGUUCCGACGCAGCGAAGCCACCACCGACCGGCGUUUUCAACCACAUUCGGCCACUCGUAUCGGAGCAGGAAAUGCAGAGGAUCCGGGAAGGCUGGACCUUAUACAAUGCGAACGAUCUCACUAUCGGGGACCUGUACAUAAUGUUUGGCGAAGACAUGAAGUUGCACCUUGAGUACGAUUGGGUGUGGGAGGAAGCGCCCCUGCCUCGAAUCGUUCCACCGGUAGACGUGAAAGCGACUAGCGACGAACAAUCAAACGCGAUGGGGGUUGCAGCGGUCGCGAAAGAUGAGGCGCAACAAUCAACAAACUCAACAAACUCAAUCGAUUCUUCUUCCACCUCCUCCAAUAACAAUAACAAUAACAGCAACAACAUUAACAACAACAACGACAACAACAUUAAUAACAACAAUUACACCAACAACGCUACCUCGACUGCGGACGAUGUAAUUGGGUCUAUCGGCUGCUCUGCGGUGAAAGAGGAACCAAUAGGGAUGAGUAACAAUAAGGAUGGAUCGAACGUGAUCAGCAAGCGCCUCAAGCAGCUAGUCAUGCUGAUGAACAUGGGCGCCAAGAAUGGAAAGAAACGGUGCAUUUGUGGAAAUGCUACCGAACGCAAAAUAAAGCAUCGUGCGGAUUGCGAUAAUACCUUGUCGACGUGCCAGGACGAUAAUCUACUUUUCAAGCAACCAAUGCUUCCUGCACUUAAUGGUGUCAAUUAUCUGACACCGGAGCCGAUGCACAUGCCUCCACAAGCACGAUACAAACAGUCACGCUGGUUACGUACGCGAAUUAACCGGCAUCAAGGGCUGUUUUCGCCACUUCCGGUUCCGCGCACACCCCAUCCAUCGGCAGAUAUAUUUUCGGUCGGGGCGCUCGAUGUAAACAGCAUGCAUGGUCGUGAAGGCGCUUCUCGUGUUCCAUUCCCGCACUCAAGCACCGGUCCGGGUAAGUUCGGAAAGCGCAACGGUAGCAGCUUCUCGUUACCAAUCAACACCUUGUCGGAUGAAGGUGACCCGGAGCACCCCGGUGCUAACCGAACGAUACAGAUGCCGUACGAUGAGGAAAAUGCAAACGAUAUUGUCGCUGGCCAGACGAAAUUUACACCGAUCAGCGAAGGUGGCGUCGAUCAGGCCAACCAAAUGAAUCCAACGUCUUGCAAUGCGCUUUCGGGUGGUGACGCUCGGCAACCAUCGGGUGAGAAUGCGUAUACUGAGACGAUAGCGGCCUUCGCGGAGUCCGAAGCGUCCAGCACUACGAUCACUGCAGCACCGCCGCUGCCGCAGAACGAUGACAGUUGCCUUAGCUUGUUCGAUCUCUCGCUUCCUUCGACGUCUUCCUCGCUGAUGGCAAACAUAUUCUCAGGCACCGCAGCGGAAACGGACGUCUGUUCCACGCUGAUGCCGAAUUCUCCGGUCGACACCAAGAUAUUGGAAAACGAACUUAAUGAUAUUUCCUUGACCAGCUUCUUCGGACAGCUUGACGCCGUGUACCAGAACGCAGCCGAACCGGCACAGCCUUGCAAUAACUUUGACCUGGAUAUAACCACUAUGAGUGAAAACAGCGUAGACUACAUUGCACGCUUCGAAAACAUCGCAUCAGAUCUGCGUGCGAAGGGUAGUAAUUCUUAACUCAAAACAUCUAAAUUCUAAAGUUAACAAAGUGUGCGCUAUUCGAAGAAUCGUUGGUUGUGGAAAUAUUAAUUAUAACUUUUGUUCAUCUGAUUUUAACACUGUAUUACCUCGUUGACUCACCCCUUUCCAUGUAUCAGGGAAAAUAUGUCUUAUUUAUGUAUGUGUAUGAACUGCAACUUUUAAAACACCUGGGGGUUUUAAUUCGUUACUUUAAGACAGCUUUAAGCGACAUCUUUUACCGGAAGGCUACAAUUUAGUAUGGAUAGUUGAGUAUAGUCAGCUGUAGGUUAUUCCCAUCAUUUGCGUUGCUAGAAUAAAAUAAAGCUUUGAGCCUGAAGUAUAUGAUCAGAAAUACAUACGGAUGUAUACGGCUAGUAUGCCCAGGUAUGUCAUUCAUUUCGUACGGGUAUCAUGGAUUUUUAUGUUUUAAAAUCUAUAAUUUGAGAAGUUGUUUUUCUGGUAUAGUCAAGGAGAAAUUGUAAUGCUCCCAUACAGGGAUUUAAACUCAAAUUUUAUGAUUUGUCAUACAAAAUGUUUCACAUACCUGGUUUGUAUCGGCCUUCCACAGGCCGAACAAUGUAAACCGAUUAGAAGCGAAAUAGUAAGUCCCAAGACUGAGCCCUUAUUAAUCAGCGUUCAAAAACUGUCAUCUUUUCUUCACAUCACAAUUAAGGAAAGCAAGACUGGUAGUAGAGGUUCCUUCAUUUCCAUAUGUAAUUCCUUCAAGUUUUUAGCUGUAGGGUGUAAAUAAAGAGUGAAGUUUUAAGCAGAUGGCAGCAGAGAGAAGAUCAUUCAAAUUUUGCUUACUGUAUGAUUUUUAAAAGUUUGAUUUUUCACUGAUUCAACUGAAUAUGAGCGUAUGCUGAAUAUGCAAGCAUAUCUGUCUCUAGAUAAGUGAUGUCCCCUGGUACGUACCAUAAUUGUACGAGCGAUUUAUUCAAUUUUUCAUUAGAGUUUAAAUUCGUUCAAAUGCUUUACGGUUCACAUUCAUUCAAGUUCGCUUCGCGUUAUAUUUGUUCAAUUUAUUCAUCGUUAGAAGAAGCUUUUGGCGCGACAAAAACUUACCAUCGGUAGAUAGCGUACGGUUACUCGUCGAUAGUUGUAUAAAUUUCACACCUAAAUUAACUUUGCAAAUAAUAAUAAGCGUUGCGUUUAGUUAUAAUUUUCCAGUCAACUCAGAUUCAGACCACUGGUUUUUUACUCAUCAAGGUAAUUGGA